ACGUUUAUGGCUUCAUUAUCUGUAUGAACUCGCUGAAAUGAUUUGGAUUACAAAUUUUCCAUCUUGAGCAAACAGAGUCACACCUCUCUGAUCCAGGCUGUUCAGCUCCUCCACUGAUUACAAGACAUAGUUGGAAGAAUCGCACCAUGGAGGUGAAGCUGUUAGGUUGUGGCGUCCUGCUCGUGGUGUUAGCGGUUACAGGGAGCAACGCACAGUUAGAUGUUUGUGGCACUGCGCCGCUGAACACCAAGAUCGUAGGAGGGGAGGAUGCUGUUGCUGGGUCGUGGCCUUGGAUGGCCAGUCUGCACUGGAGCACUGGAUCUCAUUUCUGUGGAGGCUCGCUGAUCAACAACCAGUGGGUCCUGACUGCUGCUCACUGUUUUGAAAGCACCAGCACAUUCGGCCUCAUCGUUUACCUCGGACGUGACUCCCAAAAACUCCCGAACCCUCACGAGGUGUCCCGGACUGUGUCCAAGAUCAUCAAGCAUCCCAACUAUGAUACCAAGACGAACAAUAACGACAUAGCCUUGCUGCAGCUGUCCUCACCUGUUGCCUUCUCCAACUACAUCAGACCCGUGUGUCUGGCGGCGGACGGCAGUGUCUUUAAAGCUGGGAGAAACUGCUGGGUUACCGGAUGGGGAGACAUCCGAUUUGAGGUUCCACUUCCUUUCCCAGAGAAGCUGCAGCAGGUGAGUGUUCCCAUCGUGUCCUACAAGGAUUGUAAUGAUGUCUACGGGAUCAUCACAAGCAACAUGAUGUGUGCCGGUCAGCCCCAGGGAGGAAAAGAUUCCUGCCAGGGGGAUUCAGGCGGCCCGAUGGUGAGAAAAACUGGUGCUCAGUGGGUCCAGGGUGGAGUUGUGAGUUUUGGAUAUGGCUGUGCCCUGCCCCAAACCCCAGGAGUCUACACCCGAGUAUCCGAGUAUCAGUCCUGGAUCAACAAACAGAUCAGCAGCAACAAGCCGGGCUUCGUCUUGUCUGGAACCGCUCACCUGGUUUCCCUCUCGGUUCCUCUGCUGCUGUCCAUCAUAUAUGUUCCCUUCUCCCUCUUUGUCCUUUCAUAGGACGUUUAAUUAAAGUACUUUUAACUCAUAUGCAGAAUUUUCACUUUAGUGGAAACGUUACAAUAAGUAGAAAACUUAUUGGAGUCGACCAUCUUUGACGUGCUAAAAUUUAACAAUUAAAUUAUAUGUAUGAAGCCUGGAGUGUCAUUCUAAGCUUUUCAAUGUUUAAUUAUAAGCAGUUAAUAAAAUUAAACCUUUUAAAAAGCAAUUAAUGACUUUAAUUAAUGCUUUAAACUUGAAGCAAAAAAAUACAACAAAAGAUAAUUAAACUGACCAGUUAAUGACUCUAUUUACUUAUUUUGUAUUUAAUGAUACAUUUAUAAUUGAAAUGCAAUUGCAAAAUUCAUUUUAAAAGGCUUGUAAAUUGAACUAAUUGAACUAAUUGAACAAUAUAUAAUCUCACAGUUUAUUUGUUUCCUUUCUUUAAUAUUUAGUUUCUAUUUUUGUGAUCGUUUAGAUUUACAGUCUUUAAAAGAAAGAUCUGUGAGCACCUUAAAAUGAAUGUUAUUUUACUAAACAAAUUAAGUGUAAGGUUGUAAUAUGUUUGGCUGACACAUUAGUAAAAAUAAUAUUAAAUUUGAAAGCCUUAAUAUUCUAUAUUAAAAUCAAAUUAUUAAUUCAUUAUUUAAAGACAGAAUGAAAUAGCAUUAUUAAAUCAAUGUUCUUCUCUUUUUACACUGCAUCAUUUAAAUAUUAUUUUAACAAAUCAAUUUAACAAUGUUGAUCAAUUUAACUUUGUUAAAAUGUAACUUUGUUGAAGUCUUGGAUUUAUUAACAUGGUUAUGAUUAAACACUGAAAGUUUAUAAUUACUCCAGACUCCCAUCAAAAUCUAUUAAAUUCAAUACUGAUCAAAUAUAUAAACAAUAAUGGUUCUUUCUUCAGUUUGUACGUGAUUUAUUUCUGUAAGUUUGUAUUUUCUGUAUUUAUGAACUCAAAUAACAUUUUCUCUGAUGUUGAAUAUCAGAACUUUAAAAACUUGAACGUGGCGAUGUGGCAGGAACGACGAUGACUACAUGUUGCUUUUAUUCAUUUGUUAUUAAUUCAUUCCUGUAAUUAAUGCCUUCACUUUUUUCACACUGAGCACCUGCAACUGCGAUUUACUUUUUAAGGAGAGGGUACAUGAAGAACAUUCAAAUUAUAUUCACAAUUACGAACAUUUUCACAAUUAUACAUUUGCAUUAACGAGGUUAGUCAAAUGUUAGAAACACCUUUCAGUGUGUUGGGUUCAAUAAGACAGGAUUUAUAGCAGAGCUGUGUAACUGGAUCACAUUGUACAGGUGUUAUAUAUACUAUUACUGUAUACAAUAUACUAUUACUAUAUUCUGAAAUAUGCGUGUUAUGUCAGACUCCUUUAAUACCUCCACCUCCAUGCUGCUCUCUUAUUAUAUGUUACCAGACAGACCCCUUGUUUCUACCUACAGAACAUGUUUAUAUAAGGAUGAUAACCGUUUAAGGUUAAAAGGAGAGGGUCUUAAGUAAGUUGAGGAUGCCAUGAACUGUGUGUAAACUGUGAGAAUUUGACUGUAAUUUGCUGGUCUGCUUCCCAGCUGUAACAAUAAAAUCUUGGGUUGGACUCGGGCG